CCUACGAGAGUCGAGAAUCGAUCGAUCAAGAGAAUCCAUGGCGGAUGCUUGCAGAGUGAAGAAGAUGAAGCUUGGAAGCCAAGGCUUUCAUGUAUCGGUACAAGGUCUUGGUUGCAUGGGAAUCUCUGCUUUCUACGGUCCUUCCAAGCCGGAAAAUGACGCAAUCGCUCUCCUCCACCACGCUAUUCACUCCGGCGUUACUUUCUUCGACACCUCCGAUGUCUACGGUCCUGAGACCAAUGAAUUACUCCUUGGAAAGGCUCUGAAGGAUAGGGAACAAGUGGAACUUGCGACCAAAUUUGGAGCUACUUAUUUAGAGGGAAAGAGAGAGCAUCGUGUCGAUACUCGUGUUCCUAUUGAAAUCACUAUGGGGGAACUAAAGAAGCUAUUUGAAGAGGGUAAAACAAAGUACAUUGGUCUGUCUGAAGCCUCUGCCUCAACUAUCAGAAGAGCGCAUGCUGUUCACCCAAUUACUGCCGUGCAGCUAGAGUGGUCCUUGUGGACGAGAGACGUGGAAGAAGAAAUCGUCCCAACCUGCAGGGAACUUGGGAUUGGGAUUGUUGCUUACAGUUCUCUAGGACGAUGUUUCUUUGCAUCAGGACCUAAGCUUGUUGAGAAGCUGGAGAAUGAUGACUUCAGAAAGGCAAUCACUACUCUACCAAGAUUCCAACAAGAAAACUUAGACCACAAUAAGAUUCUCUAUGAGAAAGUUUGUGCAAUGUCGGAGAAGAAAGGAUGCACUCCCGCACAGCUUGCUCUCGCAUGGGUUCACCACCAAGGAGAUGAUGUUUGCCCGAUCCCGGGGACCACUAAGAUCGAAAACCUCAAUCAGAACAUUGGAGCUUUAUCAGUGAAACUCACUUCUGAAGAGAUGACUGAGCUCGAGACCAUUGGCCAACCAGAUUCUGUGAAAGGAGAAAGAUACAUGGCCAUGGUGCCCACCUUCAAGAACUCUGACACUCCACCGUUGUCUUCUUGGAAAGCCGCUUAAAACAGCUUGAGAGUGUCUAUGGUUAUGGACCUUAUGGUUGCACCUUGGCAUUGAAGUGGUGUAACUUAUGUCUGCCAAAUCGAGGUAAUAAUAGGUUGAAGUUGUU